CCUCAAUUGAACCCCGGAUUUUUUGGGGGACAGCUCUUUAAUGUGACCACGCUAUAUUCAACCUUGAUCAUCCACACGCGACUUUCUCCAUCUUCUUCUAUACCUUCACUUUUUCCAGUCCUUAACAAAUCGCAUAAAGGGGAUUUUAUUUGUAUUCUUGUUUUUUCUUCAGCUUUCUCACAAUCUUCGCAAUGUCUUCUCCUCGUGCUGCUUCCCCCGUUAACUCGCCGGCCGCUACUGGCUCGAGCACCGGCCGUCCUUCUUCUCCUGCUCCUCCCGGAGGUGCACGAACCGCUAUCCGACGAAGAGCCGCUGCCGAUCAGAAGGAAAAGAUCGCAAAUGCGCGACCGAGUAGUACUCGCGCUGCUGGUGCCGGUGGUAGCAGCAGCACAAUGCUACGUCUCUACACGGACGAAUCUCCCGGAUUGAAGGUUGACCCCGUCGUUGUUUUGGUUCUCUCUCUGGUCUUCAUCUUCAGUGUUGUUGCUUUACACGUUAUUGCCAAGAUUACACGACGAUUCUCAAGCUAGACGAACGGCGAUAAUUAGUUGCGUUAAUGAGGAGUGCUGGGUAGCCACCGAAGACGGCGCGGUUUUAAUCAAAACUGCGACUCUCCCUCGGAUACGCAGAGGACGAUUGGCAGGUGCAGGAAUAGGAACGACAGCAGUGAUGUUAAGCAGGCUUUUAUUUACCAGUCCAGAGUCGCUGCCCGGAUUCUGGGGGUCUAGUCUCUUGUACUAUAUCAAAAUCUGGCAGGGUUGCGCAAAAGUUUAUUCGCCUUAGCCGAAAUGACAUGACAUAGGCGUUGCGUGCAGAGUUGUUCGUGUUUAAUAAGAUAUCAUUGCGAACCAUGAUGAGAGCACGAUCUUG